UUUAUAUCUAUUCUACGAUCUAUUUUGUCUUCGUUCUUUAUUCUCAAACGAAAAUUAAAGUAGUCAAAAGUUCGCUGUGAUAAAAUUUAAAAAACCAUUCGCAUCCGGUUUCAUCGUGAUAUCCGUUGAGACGCAGGAGGCACGAGGCUCCCGUAUGUACGCGGCCGGUCCUGCGGGAUAUCCAGCGCUUCGGAAGAAGGAAGCAGCAAUAUCGUCGGUCACAGUCGGUUUGAUGCGGUGGUAUGGCGGACGCGGGUUCGCCGUGCGGAGGUAACGUGAUACGAUUGUCGCGAUAAAGCGUCUCGUCUUGGCGAUGGAGCGACGCGCGAUGUGCGCCACGAGGUUACGCGCGCAUCCCGAAUAAUUUUCCGCGAGUGUCCCAUUCGCCGCCGCCGCUUACUCUCCGUCUUCGUCACUGUCUUCUCGCGUCUAUGUGGUCUUCCCCCAUUCUCGACAGUGAGGAAAUAUCGUAGUGACACCGAUGGCACCGUCCACAGAGUGAGUCCUCGAGCGCAAUCACUGGUCGCACUGAAGGUCGAAUAUCGCUCCGAUAAUAACGAGCUGCACGAUGACUUCCGUCCCGAUGUCCCGAAGCGGCCCUUCCUUGGACCGAGAGAUGCUCGGCUUGGAAUUGUCGGUAGCAGCUUAACUGAUAAAAUUUUGGAGUUUAAUGCACAUAUCUACAAAAUUACAAAUGUGCCUUCAAUGCCCUAACCAUUAAACGAUCAAAGAAGUAUCAAAAUGAAUAGGGCAGAGAGCGCGGAUGCUGGCAAGGGCUGGCAUGAGUGUGCCAGCUGGUUGACUAGAUGUGGUGCAUUACGAGCGGAUCAUAAAGCCAAUUGGCCACAAGCAACUGCAUUUGAUCUGGCUUAUACAUUACGAGAUGGUGUAUUGCUGUGCAACCUCUUGAAUAUUGUGGAUCCAGGAUGCAUAGACAUGAAGGACGUGAAUCAGAAGCCACAAAUGGCACAGUUCUUAUGCUUGCGUAAUAUAAAAGUGUUCUUAUCAGUGUGCUCGAGCGUUUUUGGCCUAUCUGAUUCGGAUCUCUUCGAACCAUUUAUGUUAUUCGAUCUUUCUAACUUUCAUCGUGUCCUCUGCACACUUUCUGCCUUGUCCAACUGUCCUCGAUUAAGGCGAAAGGGUAUACCUGGAUUCUCUGUUGGUCAUGGAAGAUCACAAGAGGAUAUUUAUAAAGAUUUACAAAGUGCUGGAGCAGGCCGCGAAGAUGAAGGUCGUCGCAGGAGAUUUAGGCGACGAGAAGGUGACGAGACGGGCAGCAGGGGGGAUAACGAGGAUCCAGUUGCCGAAGAAGAUGGGUACGGAGCUUUUUGCAGCCACGCGCAAAGUGAGGAGAUCUACCAGGACCUCUGUAGUCUGCAUUUACCAUCUCCUCCGUCUAUUGCGCAGAGUAGUGCCAUUUCUGGAGGUGAGAAAAGAGAUUACGUGAUCCAGGAGCUUGUCGAGACUGAGCGAAAUUACACAGAAGUUCUUAGUAGUCUGUAUAGACAUUUUGCUCGACCGUUAUCGUCAUUACUCCGAGCCGAAGACACAGCUCGCAUUUUCUUCGGUAUCAAGGAGCUCUCGGAAAUCCACGUAGGCUUCCACAGUCAACUGCGUAAAGCACGAAACGGCGCCGCGCUCGCCCAGGUUUUUUUGGAUUGGCGGGAGAAGUUUCUUAUAUAUGGCGAAUAUUGCGCAAAUCUCACUUUAGCACAAAAUACUCUGCAGGAAAUCUGCGCACGUAACGAAGUAGUCAAUCAAGAAGUUAUUAGGUGCCAACAAGAAGCUAACAACGGUAAAUUUAAGUUGCGCGAUAUUUUAUCUGUGCCAAUGCAAAGGGUGCUCAAGUACCACUUACUAUUGGAUAAGUUGGUGGAAGAAACCCCGCGCGAAUGGAUCGAGGAUUGUCGUGCAUUGGCGAAGGCGAGAGAAGUAAUGGUCGAUGUCGCUCAGUAUAUAAAUGAAGUAAAACGCGAUUCCGACACGCUGGAUAUCAUAAAAGAUAUCCAAGCAUCAAUAAUCGAUUGGGAUGUGCCUGAGGAUACACAACUGAAAGAUUUUGGUCGAUUACUUCGUGAUGGCGAGCUCAAGGUGAAAGCUCACGGCGACCAACGGAUAAAAGCUCGUUAUGCAUUCGUAUUCGAGCAAGUAGUAUUGAUUUGCAAAGCUGGCAGAGGAGAUCAGUACUGUUAUCGAGAAACUUUAAGAUUAGAUAAUUACAGAUUAGAAGAUCACAUAGGACGACGAACUUUGGGCCGAGAUUCACGUUGGUCGUAUCAGUGGCUACUUGUACAUAAACAGGCAUAUACGGCGUACACUUUAUAUGCAAGAACAGAGGAGCAGAAACAAAUGUGGAUAAAGGCAUUACAGGAUGCAAUGGAUAAUGUUAAUCCUGCAGCUUGUCGUAAUACCAAUCAUAAGUUCAAGUUGACGACGUUCGACACUCCUAGGAGUUGUCAACGAUGCGGAAAAUUCCUUAAAGGUCGCAUAUUCCAGGGUUACAGAUGCGAGAUAUGUCGCCUUGCUGUGCACAAACAAUGUAUUGCGCAUUCAGGUCGUUGUAUGCCCACACCACCAUCACCGACACCACCUCCACCAUUACCCUGCGAGCGCGCGCUUGCUGCAAAACUGUGGUUCGUUGGGGAAAUGGGUAGAGAUGCAGCUUCCAAUAAACUGGAAUCCCGCGAGGAUGGUACCUACAUGCUGCGCGUACGUCCGGCCGGACAGUCACGUCUCAAACAUGAAACCAACUACGCUCUCAGCAUCAAAGCGGAUGGAGCAGUCAAACAUAUCCGAGUAUUCAAACGUGAUGUGGAUGGCGCAGAUUUAUAUUAUCUCAGCGAGUCUCGAUUCUUCAAGAGCGUUGUUGAGCUGGUCGAAUACUACGAGCGCGCGUCACUCUCGGAAAAUUUCGAAAAAUUAGAUCAACGUCUAUUAUGGCCGUAUCGACGUGUCCUGGCUAAAGCAUUAUUUGAUUUUCGUGGCUGCGAACGUAAUCAAUUAAGCUUACGACGCGGUUGUCGAGUCGUAGUGUUGAGCAAGGAAGGUGAUGCCAAAGGAUGGUGGAAAGGUAAAAUAGGUGAUCAAGUAGGGUUCUUCCCAAAAGAAUACGUGGAAGAGGAAUAGAUUCAUUAAAGUUGAAUUGUUAUAUAUUAUAUCGUUGCGUAUAAUAUAUCGGACUUCGAAAUUUUCGGUUAGAUAUUUUUUAAUUAUUAUAUAUUAGGAUAAAGUAAUAUGAUUUUUUUA